AUGGACCAGGAUCCCACAGCCGCCCUUCUCGACGCCGACUUUUUGGCAGUUCUGCGUCGGCUGGAUAAGCGCAAUAGUGCAACCAAGCAGAAGGCCCUUACCACUCUAAUUGACUUGCUGCGCGAGCUGAAGGAGCCAGAAACAACAGGCGCACCGCAAGAGUAUGUCAAAUCGGAGGAUAGCAUUGUCUCCUCAGUCCUGCCAUUUUGGCCACGUCUUUUCAACAGUCUGUCUGCGGAUGAUGACAGACGGGUGCGGGAGUUAGCUCAAGUGGCCAUGCACGAGCUGGCUAGACGUGUGGGUCGGAAACUAAUGCCCUUCCUGAAAGAGGUUGUUGUCUCUUGGACGUUUUGUGCCGUUGACGCCUAUGAAAAUACCGCCCGAGCAGCCCAGCGGGGUCUCAACGAGACCUUUCCCGGCAAAAAACUCGGCGAGCUGUAUCGACACUUUGCUAAACCC